CGCUUUGUUUUGUGAUGUGUUUUUUCUUCUUCUGUAAACUCUACUUUUUAUUUACGUGUGAACAAUAGCUACAAAGCGUCAAAUUUGCCUAACGGAUCAUAAUUCCUUGUGCAAAGAGGUGGUGUUUGUUAUAUGUCCCGAGGGAGUAACCUGUUUCUUUAGAGGUCGGCAGAACAAUGCAAAGCUUCACGCCAGGUAAUCUGUCUCUUGGACACAAUAAUCACACAGUUUGUUGUGCCAAAAUCCGAAUAAAUAAGUCGCUUCGAAAUUGAAAUCAGAAGUAAAUAUAGCCGCAGAUGGAUUUCUAAACACAAUAUUGGUAUGAUUGUUGGUAUGUGAUUUGAGAAAUAUGAGUUAGAGAAGCUUAGUGAUUUCGUUGACCCUGUCUGACGGGUUGAGUCUUGCUUUGAUUUGUUACUGGCUGCCAUGCUUCUUAGUGAAUUAUUGCAUUUUUAUAAUCUAAAAUACUCACAAUACAUUGGUAAAAAAUAUUCAAGUGAGCUUGAAGAAUGUCUCUUCUGAUGGCUGUCAAAUGUGGCCGCAUUCAUCAGACAAGACUGCUGCUGGACAUAGGAACAGAUCCAAAUAUUUCCACAGACAAAGACUCAAAAACGUCUUUGAUGCAAGCUUGCUUUAUCGAGAAACAGAAUAUAGCAGCAAAAAUAGCUCGAAUGCUGAUAGACAAAGGUGCAGUCGUUAGUACCAAGGAUAGAUUUAAAAGAACUGCACUUUCCUACGCUUGUAUGAAUGGCAAAGAAAAAAUCGUUGAGAUGCUACUGGAAGACAUUGAGUAUGACAUCAAUGAACAAGACGAAGAGGGCAACACGCCGCUGAUGUAUGCAGCCAUGUCUGGAAAUGCCAAAGCCUUGUGUUAUAUGCUGAAGAAGAUCAUGAAAUACCGAUUAAGUGUUGAUCUAAGGAACAAGAAAGGUUUUUCUGCUUACUUGUUGGCGGCUAAGAUGGGACACUUCUAUUGUGCUCAUAUUUUGAAAACUGAAGGCUUCGCUUCAGAUGGUAUUCGAGACACUGAAUAUUUCCUCAGUGACAAAGAAUGGAUCAAGAAAGUUCGCAGGGACAUCUCGAGAAUGCAACUUGAUGGGGAUGACAUACGAAUUAUGGGAUCUCGGUCGGCAUGUACUCGUACUCCGAGAGUAUCUCUAACUUCUCGUCCAAAGACAUCACUCGAUUUUAUUGAUCGCUUAGAGUCGCCGUCUCGACAUAACUAUACUCGGCGUACUGUAACUGACUCCCGACUCGAUUCACGAACUGGAUCUCGUAUAACAGCAAGAAACGAAACACCACACAUGACUAAAAACUCCUGGAUUGAUAUUGCUGACGGCAGAAGGUCUCGCGUGACCAGCGCAACAUCAAGUAACAGUGAAAAUUCUUUGAUGUUAGUCUCGGAAAGUUCAGACGCUACAGAGAUCGUGCCUUGUGAGGCAAGGACCAAGACUCCUGAUCUUCAUGCUAUCCUGAGUCAUUACCUUGAUAAGGAAGCAUACAAACCCGUCAAAAUGAUUCCUCGAAAGGGCAGAAACGUGCAGUUUUCUAAAGAAGCUAGAACUGCGCCAUCAGCUGGAAAAUCGGCACAGAGCACUUUAAGACAACGAAAACAAAGUCGACAAAGUCCCAAACCCAAAAGAAGAGGUGUAUUGACCACGUAGAAUGAUAAUCAAUGGUUGUCGUUAGACCUGAACUCACGUGACCCUACACCCCUUAGACCCCUACACCCCUUAGACCGGCCAGAAAGGCAUGAAAGAAACACUACAUCUCAAUAUAAGUGAGAAGACGAAGAUCAGUUCAUAAAGUGUGAAACACGAGAAAUGAGCAUGUCUGAGCCAAAACCUUUUCCCAUACAACUCUUCAAAUAUUUGAUAUUUUAUAGAGUGCAAACAAUAUAACCGCGAAACUUUAGUACUACUAAAUAGCACAAUUUCAUGCAAAUUUCAUUGUUUUCAAUCGUUUAAUUAGCACUAUUUUGUACUAUUUAGUAAUUAGUGUUUCACGGAUUAAUUGUUUGCACUCUUAUAGAAAUAAACCUCUUUACUAAUAUCGAGGUGCAGUUUUCAUUUGUGGUGUUUAUUUUGUCACAACUUUCAUUUUAAAGGGGUAGGUCGCGUGACCUUUUAGAAAAAUAUGAUUACGCGGUGAUAAAUAAUAUACUGUGUGAUGUGUAAUACUUUGUAUGAAAGCUUAAACGGCAGGAAUCCGCCUGGUCAAUAUUAACCUAAUUAAUAUGUAAUUGUCAUGUCCAAAUUUGUUGAGAACUAAUUAAAUUUUUUCCAUUUUUUCCA